AUGACGAUGUUGGUGCAUAUUAUAUCUUUCCUUGUAUUCUUCCAGUUUUCGGUCGCAAAAGCUCCACCAGGUAAAACCUCUCUAAUAAAUACUCAUGAGAGGAGAUCGAUAUAUUCAUGCUACGUGGGUUUACGUAAGGAAAACUGGAGUUUCAAUGGGUCUGCUAUAUGUCGUUAUGAGCCGGCAAUCCAAUCGAUGCUUUACUGUCUUUACGAAGAUACGAAUGAGAAAGGAUAUUCAAACAAAACCCUGGAAAAAGGCUUCGAGGAAAUGAGGCAGUUUUGUUACACAGCAAAGUUUCUGAACAUGACUGAUGCUGAGUUUUAUACAUCAUUGGAUAAUGGAACGUACUAUAUUCAAGAUCAACCCAAACCUAACAUCAAUAUUACAUAUCCUAUCAGACUCAAUUCCACAUUAAGACAAGCAUAUUAUACUGCUUAUUAUGGCUAUUACUAUAAUCAUGAUAUUCCUUAUUACUUUGGAGGCAUUAUGUGUGCAUAUUUCGUGGGCGUCAUGCUCUUUGCAGGUUUAAUUCGUUUCUUGAAUUACACCCCAUUAAAAAAAAUCAUAUUCAAGCAAAAGUCGAUUAAUUACGUGAGAGGUUAUGCAACUCUACCGACCCUUUGCAAAAAGCACGCGGAACCUUUCUCGUACUUGAAAGUGAUUACUGGUUACCUUCCAACUAGAUUCGAAACUUUGGUUAUUUUGGGCUAUCUCAUACUCCACACCAUUUUCAUGUCUUACAAAUAUCAAUACGACCCUUAUCGCAUCAUAUUCUCUGCUCAUAGGGCAGAAGUAGCACAUUUUGUUGCAUAUAGAAGCGGUAUACUUUCCUUUGCACACUUACCACUCAUUAUUCUAUUUGCAGGAAGAAAUAACUUUCUCCAAUUUAUUUCUGGUUUGAAGCACACUUCAUUCAUUGUGUUUCACAAGUGGCUAGGAAGAAUGAUGUUUCUUGACGCUAUAAUUCAUGCUGCCGGUUUUACGAACUACUUCCUGUUCUAUAAAAGAUGGGAAACAGCUAGAGUAAUGAUAUAUUGGAAGUUUGGUAUUGCUGCCACCUGUUUAGCGGCAAUGAUGAUUUUCUUUUCGAUCGCGGCAUUUAGGAGAUACUGUUAUGAAACUUUUAUAACCCUUCAUAUAGUACUCGCCGCACUAUUUUUUUAUACCUGUUGGGAACAUGUUACUAGCUUUAGCGGUAUCGAAUGGAUUUACGCGGCAAUAGCAAUUUGGGGCGUUGAUAGAGUUGUACGUGUUGCUAGAAUCGCACUUCUAGGGCUCCCUAAAGCUGACCUACAAUUAGUUGGUUCUGAUUUGGUCCGUGUGACAGUAAGCAAAUCGGAAAAAUUUUGGAAGGCAAAACCAGGACAAUACGUUUUCGUUUCCUUCCUACGUCCCAUGUGCUUCUGGCAGUCGCAUCCAUUUACGGUAAUGGAUUCUUGCGUAAACGAUGGGGAAGUGGUCAUAAUUUUAAAAGCAAAAAAGGGUGUGACGAAACUAGUAAGGAAGUUUGUUGAAAGAAAAGGUGGGAAGGCUACCAUGAGACUGGCCAUCGAAGGACCAUAUGGUUCGAAAUCCACUGCUCAUCGCUUUGAUAACAUCUUACUGUUGGCAGGUGGAUCAGGGCUUCCUGGCCCAAUUGCCCAUGCUAUUGCGUUAGGGAAAACAACAGCUGCAAGUGGUACAAACUUUGUGCAGUUAGUAGUAGCAGUGAGAGGACUGGAUAUGCUCAACGCGUGUAAAAAAGAACUAAUGGUAUUGAAAGAUUUGAAUGUUCAGGUUCACAUUUACAAUUCUAAGCAUGAGACAGCUUUUACAGAAGGAGCCUCAAAAGAACUCAAAUAUGGUCAAAUGACAGCAGAGAAAACUCCUUCUAUUGUCGACAACUCAGAGAAAGCUCUUUCUGAAAGUGAAAGCACGGAACGAUCUCUUCCUGUAGAUGGCGUUUCUGCUACCGAUUUUGAAUUUGCCACUUUUCAUGCGGGAAGACCCAACAUUGAAGAAUUGUUAAAUAGAUCCGUCAAUCAUCCUGGUUCUCUUGCUGUCGUAUGCUGCGGUCCACCUAUUUUCGUUGACACCGCUAGAAAUCAAACUGCCAAAGCUGUAAUCAAAAACUCAUCACGCGUAAUUGAAUACUUAGAAGAAUAUCAAGCUUGGUAA